CAACAACAACACUUGCGGCUCAUAAUCCGCUGUACUCAUAUUAUUCAUCUCAAAAACGCCAUGAAGAAUACGUCGGGUUGCUUCCUUGCCAACCCGUCCAGGCGUAGUCGCCUCGUUCGUAGCUACUCGUCGGCGUUACGAUGCGGCGUGCUGGUCUGGCUCGCCGUCGUUCGCGACGCGGUGCUCGCGCAGGAAUGUGCCACCGACGGCACCACGUGCGAUAAGCACUCGCGUUGUCCCGUGUGGAAAGAAGAAGGCGAGUGCAUGCGGAACGCCAAGUACAUGAAAGAACACUGCCCGGUAUCCUGUCGGGACAUUCAUCAGGAAGCCGUAACUAUAGACUGCAUUGAUCUCCACGAACGCUGUCCCGUCUGGGCUGGCUUGGGAGAAUGCAAGAAGAACCCCAUCGAUAUGAACCGGUACUGUUCCAAAUCCUGUAAGCAGUGCGAAGACGACAACGACGGAAAAAACAACGAAAAGGAGAAACGUGGGGACCCAGACAACAACAGCAAGACGGCCGACGACGACGACGAUCCCCAAUGUCAAGAUGGGGACAAAAAUUGUCCCUAUUGGGCGAAAAAUGGCGAAUGCCAAACCAACAAGAUUUGGAUGACCACCAACUGUCCCAAAUCGUGUCAAACGUGUGAAGAAAUCAAGCCCAAAACACCUCGGCGCGCCUCACAGAUGAAACCGGCCGAAGUCCAAGAGAUUUUGCGAGCGUCGGCCUCCUUUGGCGAGCCACAAACCGCAGAAGGAUCCCAAACCUCCGAUACAGUUGACAUUGUUCGAGCUUCGAUAGACUACAUGAAUAGUGAGGACGUCCAGCAACUACCAUCGGCGAUUGUGGCGUCCUGUCGCAAUCAGCACCAUCUGUGUUCCUUCUGGGCCUUGAUCGGAGAGUGCGACGCCAACAAAUCGUACAUGCGUACCAACUGUGCCCCCGCCUGUCAAACCUGCCAACUUAUCGACAUCGAAAACCGCUGUCCCCGUCUCGAACACGCCGAACCCGCUCUCGUACCGGGUGAUCUUAACAAGCUCUUUGAUCGCAUUGUGCGGACGGCUCCCGGCAACCGCACCUUGACCGAGGCCGAACGACAGGAACUAAUUGAUCAAAAAAUGCAUUUGUACACCGCGCACGUGCAUUCUCGUCCCAGUGCGAACCCCGUGGUUGAAGUUAGUACCGUCCUCGACAAAUCGUUGCCACCAUGGGUCAUCACUCUCGACAACUUCUUGACGCUCGAGGAAUGCACCGAACUCAUCAACAUUGGACACAAGCACGGCUACAAUCGCUCCAAGGAUGUUGGGAAAGUCAAGGUGGAUGGCACCCACGAAGCGGUGCAAAGCACGCGACGUACUUCCGAAAACGCCUGGUGUUCCAAUCAAAGUGGCUGUCGCGACGAAGCUCUCCCGCAGCUCUUGCACGAGCGCAUGGCGACGGUCAUGCGCAUCCCUGCUCAGAAUAGUGAAGAUUUUCAGCUUUUAAAGUACGAAAAAGGGCAGUUUUACCGAACGCACCAUGACUUCAUUCAGCACCAGACGAAACGGCAGUGUGGACCGCGGAUUCUUACUUUCUUUCUGUAUUUAAGUGACGUGACGGCGGGCGGUGGGACCAACUUUCCUGAUCUCGACAUUACCGUUGAACCCAAAGCCGGUCGCGCAUUGCUGUGGCCCAGUGUGUACGAUUCCGAUCCCAUGGCCAAGGACGGACGCAUGAUGCAUCAGGCGUUGGAGGUGGAAGACGGUGUCAAGUUUGCUGCCAAUGGAUGGAUUCACUUGUACGACUACGUGACGCCCCAAAGCAUUGGUUGCACUUGA